UAAACCCCCCGCCUCUUCUGUAACUCAGGACAAAGAAUCUCGAUCACAUAAGAAGAAAGUAGCGGAAAAUAUUGUGCAAGAUGUAUUUGAUUUUACCAUGGAUGGAUCUGAGAAAAAUCACAUGACAGAAAUUUUGCUGACGGGACGCACCAUCCCCCGUCAGCGAAAUAAUUGCCAAGAAAAGAUAGAGUCCAAGGGGGACCUAGCAGAGUUAUCAAGUUCAGAUGCUCUAAUAUCGAUUCUGAAGAUUUCGGAUGAUCAGACAGAUGCAUCGGAGGCGGUUUCAGCUGAGGUAAUCGAAUCAACCUCACCUAUUCCUGUAUCUCAUGACUUUAAUUCUUCAAGUGAGACGA